GAGCGGCGCUGUCGCAAUGACGCACUCUGCGAUCUACCAGUAAACUUAAACGAAGAAGAAACUUCCGGGGUGGCUGUUACAACUUCAAUCAACGACGUGUCGUCUAUUAUUGCUACUUUUGCGGAGCUGUGUCGUGUUGACACGAUGAAGCCAGCAGCGCCAGUGACCACUUGUCCGGAACACUGCUCCAUAUUUGACCUGUGCUCCCAGGAUGAUGUAGUAACAGAACUAAGGGAAGUCAACUGCUUCCUGAAACAGAGUACCAAUGCAGAGCCAGAAAAGUUGGAGGAGAAAGAGUUGGCGGUUGUCAGAGAGGUCUCGGACAAGAUGGUGUGCUCGGCCUGUAGGUGCUCUUUUAUUAACCGCGAGGAACAGAUGGAGCAUUACAAGCUGGAUUGGCAUCGCUUCAACUUGAGACUGAAGAUCUCAGGAAUGCCGCCGGUCACCACCGAGGAGUUUGAGAGGAAAACCGGAGAUGGAGAUUUGUCUAGUAUCUCGGGUUCAGAGUCUGACUCUGAGGAGGAAGAAGGAUCAGAUAUGGACCACAGGGAAAGGAACUGUAACGCCGCUGGUGUGGAUAGUGCCAACUCAGAGGAUGCCAGUUUGAUGACUGCUCGGCUUUCCAGUAAAGUGUUGUUCCAGAACUCAGAAGGACAGUACUUGUCUUUCUACCGCUGCAUUCUACAGGGAAAAUCAGAUGAAGAGCAAGACCUGGCCUCGUCCUUGAAGUCCAUUAACAAGAAGACACUGUGGAUAAUCCUCAUGACGGGGGGAGGCCAUUUUGCUGGUGCAGUGUUCCAGGGAAAAGAAGUCCUACAGCACAAGACCUUCCAUCGAUACACUGUUCGUGCAAAGCGGGGCACCGCCCAAGGACUGAGAGAUUCUCAAAACCGCAGUCACACACCUAAGUCUGCAGGAGCCGCUCUCAGGCGAUAUAACGAGGCAGCGCUCGUCAAGGACAUUCAGGAUCUUUUGGCGACCUGGGGUGAGCACCUGAAGGAAGCGUCUACCGUAUUUGUACGAGCCCCAAGCUACAAUAAAACAAUCUUCUUUGGCGGCCGUACGAGUCCGCUGGACAAAAAAGACGCCAAGAUCCGCAGCGUCCCCUUUGCCACACGCAGGGCAACCUUUCGAGAAGUACAGCGGGUACACCAUGUGCUUUCCACAGUUCAUGUUCAUGGGAAGGACACUGACAUGUCUACCUUUAGCAACGUACCAAAAAAGCCAUGGAAGAAGACUGUCCAGCCUGCAGCACCACCUAAGAUGGAGCAGGAGGAAGCACAGGCUUGCGAUAGCAGCUCAGAUGAGGAGCAAGAAGGUGAGAUUCAGCUCGUCAUGAUGGAAUUGACCGUGGGAAGUCAGCAUCUCAAGGAGUUUGAAGUUCAACCCUCUAGACAGAAUAGAAGAAAGAGGAGGAAACAAAAAAAGAAGGAAGAAGAAGAAGAGGACAUGGCAGAGCUCAGUAACACCGAAAUGGACGACAAAGACAAGGAAGAAGACACAACUCAGCGGACGCAAUCAAAGAUAAAGAGUAGGGGGAAGAAAAAUUCAGAAGAGAAAAAUGUGAAUCUGGUAGCAGGGGAUGACUGCUGGGAGUACAGCAUGAGAGAUACCCUCUUCACAGCCUGCAAAGUUGGGGACGUGGAUGCCCUGUGCUCACUCCUCCAUCUUUCCGGAAAGACCCUGGAGCUGUCAGAGGGCGACACCACGGAUGUUUCUUGUCCUUUGAGUCUUCUUAAUAAGCGCACUGACUCUUCAGGGUUUACUUUGCUGCAUGUUGCAUCAGCAGCUGCUCAGAAGGCAGUCGUCAGGCUGCUGCUGGACGCUGGAGCAGACCCCACAUGCAGUAACGUAAAAGGGCAGACGCCAUAUAAUGUCAGCCCCGACAAGGAGACUAGGAAUGUAUAUCGGAAAUACAUGGCUGACAAUCCUGACAAAUAUGACUACAAUAAGGCGCGGAUACCUGGGCCAUUAACAGCAGAGAUUGAGUCUAUGAAGAUGGAGAAGAAGAAGGCUCAAAAGGCGCUGAGAAAACAGCGGGAAAAAACACAGAAGGAUGAGAAGAGGAAACAAGAGCUGGAAGAGGAGGAAAAGAAGAGGUUUGCUUCUUUAUCUGACCGAGAGAAGAGAGCUUUGGCAGCUGAGAAGAGGUUGGCACAACAAGUUGUGGCAUCAGGAACCAGUUUAUCGAACGUCAAGAGGUGUUGGCAGUGUGGAGAGUCUCUGCAGGGCAAGACCCCAUUCCAGUACCUUGAUUUUUCCUUCUGCACUCCUCGAUGUGUGCAAGCACACAGAAAAGCUAAUGCUCCAUCUGGAAAAAGCUAACAGGAAGGUCAAAGGGUACUGAGACUGAACAGGCCCCAUGGGGGAAAGCGUGUCCAUCAAGCUGCUGAUGUUGCCCACCUGGAAAAUAUUGUACGGUCUGCAUUUUAAAGCACAAUCCUCUGUCAUUAAUUCAUGCAUUUUUCACUGACAAGGCCAAUUUGUGAUUGACUGCAAUUUUGUAUUUCAAUAUAAAAAAUAAAAAUGUUAAUAAUAAAUAACCCGUCUUAUUCUGAUUAAGCCUAAAAUGUACAACCUGGUCUAAUUUAAAAUUGAUAAGCGGUUCAGUUACAUUGGAUCUCUUUCCUAAUACUGUGGCUACUCAUUCACACAGCACAAGAGAAAGCAAUGCAAUUCAUAAUCCAUCCAUUUUCUACCGCUUGUCCCUUUCGUGGUCGCGGGGGGUGCUGUAACCUAUCUCAGCUGCAUUCGGGCGGAAGGCGGGGUACACCCGGGACAAGUCGCCACCUCAUCGCAGGGCCAACACAGAUAGACAGACAACAUUCACACACUAGGGCCAAUUUAGUGUUGCCAUUCAACCUAUCCCCAGGUGCAUGUCUUUGGAGGUGGGAGGAAGCCCACGCAGUCACGGGGAGAACAUGCAAACUCCACACAGAAAGAUCCCGUGUCCGGGAUUGAACUCAGGACUACUCAGAACCUUCGUAUUGUGAGGCACAUGUACUAACCCCUGUUCCAUUGUGCUGCCCGCAAUUCAUAAUAAAACAAUUUAAAAAAUCUAUAUAUUUUUAAAAUAUUUGUAUUUUUGACAUAUACAGUCCAGAAAUACAAUAUAACAUGUCAAAUGUUCUUUUUUCCUCCCUUUUUUAUAUGCAUGUAUGCCCUGGCACACCAUUAUCAUCAUUUCAUGACCCAAGCAAAACACUUUUUACACUUUUAUACUGAAAUAAAUACACCUACAACUUAUUAAAUAAAAAUAUAGAAAGAAAAUACCGGCAGCGGUAAAGUUUAGAUCCAUGAAGGAAAGAAGAAAGUGAAUGAAUG